AUGGCUAUCGCCAAAGUCAUAUGUAAAGAACAGGCCGGUCGAUUUCACGAAUUUGGGGAUUUUGAUGAAGACGAUUUUAGAUUCUCGUUGGAUUUAAUUGAAGAAGGGGUUUCAACAAAAGGGAUCGAUUCGCGAGGUUGGACUGUUUUUCCUCUUUUCAAUCGCGAUCUUCUCAUCAAGGAUGAAGUCAAAUCAAAGGAUAAUGAGAUUCAUGCUUCUGAUUCUAUCACCAGUUCAUUAUGGAAGCUGUUCAUUGAUGAACUAGAAGAAUCUUCUUCAUGUUCAUCAUCAGAAGCCGACGAAUUGGAAGCUCUACCUUCUGGAACUUUUUGUGUGUGGAGGCCUAAGACGGAAAGUGGAUCAUCACCUGUUAUGCGUGUGGAGUACUUCUACCGGGUCUCUAUUGAAGAAGAAGAGUAG